UUUGACCAGCAGGCGGCGCAGCCCGCAGGAGGGCGGACCCACAGUGUGAAUGGGGUGAGGGUUGUGAGGAGAACUGGGAGUGUCCGUGGAAAUGUGGUUCGAGCGGAGGCGGCAGCGGCGCACCUGGGGAAUUACAAAAACAAGCAACCCUGGUUUUCCUUUUUGAAUUAAAUAAAACGGAAGAGUCCCGGCGAACUUCAUGCACACAGUCCCAACUGCGGAAUAUUGAGCAUGUACACGACGGAGCGCAGGCGAAUGAGCCUGCGCGAGGGGAGGAGGACGGAUCCAGUUUGGGUGUCUGCUGGAAGUUUGUGGCAUGACUCUGCGGUGUCGGAGCUGGGCGCCUGCAGCGGCUCGGGUAAGCAGGUUGUGUCUCCGCGGAGCCGCACCAGACCCGUGUCGGUGGCUUACAUUGUCAACGAGGACGCGUCUGUCCCGCAGACGGAGGAGAACUUAUCCCUGAAAUGUCUGAAGGAAGCCUGCGCGGACGCACACGCCACUUUAAAAACUUUCUCUUUCGAGACCGUUUCCCUGGGAACCACGGACAUCCUGGAUAGUUUCUACAACGCAGAUGUAGCGGUGGUGCAGAUGAGCGACACCUUCUGCCAGCCUUCCCUCUUCUACCACCUGGGAGUGCGGGAGAGUUUCUGUAUGACUAAUAACAUCAUUCUGUAUUGCUACAAGCAGGAUGGGGAUCUGCAGGCUCUUAAGGAGCAGUGUGGGAGUUACACCUUCAUCCCUUACAUGGUGUCACCUCAAGGCAAACUGAUUGCCUGGGACUCAACAAUCAUGACCUGCAUCAAAGAGUGGAUGCAGCCCAGUCUCAAGCUGGAGCCACUUCUUACCCCACUAGUGGAGAGGCUGGUGCACCUGCUGAACAACGUGCACAUCCAGUCCAGUGAAUAUUUCCGGGAAUCAAUCCGGCAUGAGAUUCGGAUUGCACGGGAGCGGUUCAGCGGCCCCGCCUUGAGUGAAGAGUUGGGUCGGAUCCAGCAGCGUUUGGACAGCGUAGAUCUGCUCACUCCUGAUAUCAUCUUGAACCUGUUGUUGUCCUACAGGGACAUUCAGGACUAUGACGCCAUGAUCAAACUGGUGGAAACUCUGAACAACCUGCCAAUGUGCAUGGUAGCAAGGCAUCAGAAUAUCAAGUUUCACUACAUAUUUGCUUUAAACAGGAGAAAUCACCCCGGAGAUCGUGCUAAGGCCUUGCAAGAAAUCCUACCGAUUGUGGAGUCGGGGAACAAUGUGGCGUCGGAUGUGUACUGCUUGUGUGGUCGUAUCUACAAAGACAUGUUCAUGAGCUCCAUGUUCACCGACGUGCCCAGCAGAGACCGGGCCUGCUUUUGGUAUGGAAAAGCUUUUGAGAUGGAACCGACUCUUCACUCAGGCAUCAACAGCGUGGUUCUCCUCAUGGCUGCUGGACACGAGUUUGAGACUUCAAUAGAGCUGCGCAAAAUAGGGGUGACCAUCAGCACGCUGCUUGGUAGAAAAGGUAGUUUGGAGAAGAUGACACACUACUGGGAUGUUGGUUUCUAUCUUGGAGCAAACAUACUUGUAAAAGAAUACAGGAAAGUCAUUGAGGCAUCUGAGAAACUCUACAGACUGAAAGCUCCAGUUUGGUUUGUGUGUUCCCUUAUGGAGACAUACAUCUUGUAUCGUCAGUUUGCCAAGCUGCCUGAGACAAGAUCUCCCAAACAGGACACUGUGGACUUCUGGAUGGAGUUGCUUUUGCAGAGUUCAAAGCCCACUAUCUCAACCGACUGCUAUCCAGUCCUCAUCCUAGAGCCCAGUAAACUCUUCCAACCAGCGAUUGUGAGCGUGAGCAAAGAGGACGAGAGUCGCACCGUUCACCUGAAACAUGUCACAUCUGUAAAGAAAGGCUUACAUCAGUGGACCUUCCCGGCAUCUGCCAUUCGAGGAGUGAGUGCGUCAAAGAUUGACGAGCGGAGCUGCUUCCUCUAUGUUCACUACAAUUCAGACGACUUCCAGCUUUGCUUCCCGUCUGAGACUCACUGUAAGAGCUUCUGUGAGCUGGUGAACUCUCUGAUCCAGCUGGCUGAAAACCCCUCCCAGAACCGGGAACAUCUGUCUGGGGGAGUACUUGAGUUUGUUUAUGAGACCAAUGAAAACGGUGACAAGGUGGUCCUCGGGAAAGGGACAUAUGGCGUUGUGUAUGCCGGAAGGGAUUUAAGCAACCAAGUCCGUAUUGCCAUCAAGGAGAUUCCUGAGAAAGACAGCACGUAUUCUCAGCCUCUCCAUGAAGAGAUUGCCCUGCACAAGAGACUCAAACACAGGAAUAUUGUCCAGUACCUGGGUUCAGUCAGUCAGGAUGGGUUCAUCAAGAUCUUCAUGGAAGAAGUACCAGGAGGAAGUUUGUCAUCUCUUCUGCGCUCCAAAUGGGGUCCUCUGAAGGACAAUGAACCCACCAUCAUCUUCUACACCAAGCAGGUCCUUGAAGGUCUGAAAUACCUUCAUGACAACCAGAUCGUCCACAGAGACAUUAAGGGGGACAAUGUGCUGAUCAAUACCUACAGCGGAGUGUUGAAGAUCUCCGACUUUGGAACCUCUAAACGCUUAGCGGGGAUUAACCCCUGCACAGAGACAUUUGCAGGAACGCUUCAGUACAUGGCCCCAGAGAUUAUAGAUCAAGGACCUCGCGGUUAUGGAAAGCCAGCAGAUAUCUGGUCCCUGGGGUGCACAAUCAUAGAAAUGGCCACAGGCAAAACACCGUUCCACGAGCUGGGAAGUCCUCAGGCAGCCAUGUUCAAGGUGGGCAUGUUCAAGAUCCACCCCAAAGUUCCUGAGUGUAUGUCCGAUGAGGCCAAAGGCUUCAUCAUGAGCUGUUUCGAGCCAAACCCAGACAACAGAGCCACGGCGGCAGAGCUGUUGAUGGACACCUUCCUCAAGUCUCCAGGCAAAAAGAAACUGAAAGUUCUUCAGAAAUUAGAGAGUGAUGAUUCCAUUAAUUCUGCAGACUAUCAGCGCAGCUUGUCUGUGCCCAUUUCUAUCCUGGUCGAGGACACGGAUUCCUACUCCGGCUCGGUUGACAUGCCUUCCUCUCUGGACCUGAGAAAACACAAGUCUGUCUUCCAAGCAAAUGAGAUCUCAGAGAGUCCACCCAGCACCAGCGGCUUCUUGUUAAAACCUAAUGGCUCUUCAGUAGACAUGAGCAGUCCAGCUUCAUCGGAGGAGAAUAUCGGUCUCUUUAUGCUGAGAAAGGACAGUGAAAGGAGAGCAACGCUGCACAGAAUUCUCACAGAUUCACUAAAUCAUGUUGUCUCUAAUAUACAACAGUCUCUGCCUCAGUGUGAUGACAGAUGCCUUACUGCUGAUCACAUCAUCAAACUUGUCACUUGCUUGCGAGACAACAUCCGCUCCCCUAACCGACAGCAGCUGACCAGAGGCCUCCUGGAGCUUCGCUCAACCCUGUUAGCGUCAGGAAUACCUGUGAAUAACCUGCAGGUGGUGCUUUUUAACUUCCAGGAUGCAGUGAAGAAGGUGCUGAAGCAGCAACAGGUAAAACCUCACUGGAUGUUUGCUCUGGACAACCUGCUGAGACAAGCAGUGCAGGAUGCCAUAACUGUCCUACUGCCAGAACUGAAGAUUCAACUGCAGUCCUCAUUUGAAUUCGAGGACACCCCCCUGGAGGGCCAGCCUGCUGACCCAGACACACCUGUAGUUCUUGCUCCUGACCAGCUGGGGGAGCCAGCAGACACUCUACGGGCAGCAACCAAGAAAGAAAACCUGCUCACCGUCGACCUCAGCUCCCCCACUCAUAUCAUUCUCGACGGCAACUGUACUCUCAGUGAGAAACUGAGAGAUCUGAGGAUCGAGACCAGGAGGUUGCUGAGUCAGCUGUCUGAGAAGGAGCAAGAGUACCAGAUGCUGCUAAGAAACUCAAUGAGGAGGAAACGGCAACAUAUAGAUGCGCUGAGGAAGGAGACUGUCGCUGAGGAUAAGGAGCUGGCCUCACGCAAGAACUCCAAGCCAGAAACAAAGGCUUUGGUCCGCUGGCUGAAAUCCAUCCAAGUGGAUCAAGACACUAUUGAUAAGUUGCUGGCUCAUGAGUUCACCUUGGACUGUCUUCUGUUCAUGGCCUGCAGGGAGGACCUGGGUUACUGUGGAUUAAGAGGCGGCAUGCUGUGCCGACUAUGGGCUGCUAUCACAGCCCACCGGAAGACUCAUCUUAGCACUCACAACGAGAUGUGCGAGGACACUCUUCUGUGAUCGCUCCUGAUUAGAUCACUGGAGGAUGUGACCCGUUGGUCAGGAGGAGCAUGACAAGAAAGCUGCUAACAUUUCCUAGAGUUGGUGAAAAGCAAAAUGGGCUUUGGUUGCUUUGUUUAACUGUGAAUGUUUUUUUUUUUUAGAAAAUCUCCCGAUUUUUGUUUUUCUCUAAAAUAUAAUCAGAGUUUUUUUUUUAAUUAAGUUCUCAGGGCUGUUGUAUUUGGACACACUGUGUCUCCGCACAAACUUAACUACCACCUAAUAUAGCAAAAAUUGUCAUCUUUGUUCAUUUAUAAAUGAACUGUAAAUAAUCUGUUGCUUUUAACAUUAUUGUUAAAUAAUUUACUAAAACAACUUUUUAGCAACAAUUUUUAGUUGUAUUAAUGCAUUAAAAUGUUUUUUUUUAAUAGGCAGUGUUAGGUAUAAAAAAAGGACUCUGGUUUUAUGUCUUUUGUUAUUUUAAAUCAUUUGGAUAUAAUGUUUUCAUUGCUGGCCAACAUCCAAAUGAUUAUUUAUAGAUAUCUAUUAGUGAUGCUGUUCACUGUGCUCCACAGAAAACUAAGGAUCUAACUUAUUAAGAAUACUUUUAAAUACAUGCCACUUUCUUUCAAGGGAAAAUAAAGAAGACUAAUUUCUAUCACAUAUCCUGUUCAGGUAUAUUUGCACAAUAUAGAGGAAAUAUUUCAUUUAUUAUCUGUAUGAAGGUUUUUUUACUGAAAUGUUUUUUUCCGGAAAAGCUGACGGAUGAGGGAUAAGCGUUAAAAGUAGUUAUAUUACACGUGUCUUGUGUUUUCCAAAUGUUGAAAUCUUCAUAGAAACACCAGUGUAUUUUUGUCUUGGGGUACUCCACAUGUCUGUAUGAGGACAGUAACAAUUGAUUGACAUUUCAUGAUGCCUGAUUUUUAGUGUUAUUGUUUUAACCAAUGAAAAUUAAUUAAAACAAUGUUUCGAAUCUGUCCUGAAAGCAGAGAUCAUGUACUUUUUAUAGUGUGUCAAUACUGCAUUGUGCUCCUAUUAGUUGUGGUUUUGACCGGAAGGCUGCACAAUAGUGUGGCUUUAUAAACUUUGUUGAGAUGCUGACUUUAACAGAAGGGAUAAUGCUCAUUCAAAAAUAAAAUCUCUUCAGUGUUAUUAACAGAAAAUAUUUUUAUGUGUUGCUUCCAGACAUAUAGGGACCUUCUUGUUUGAAAUUUAAUCAUUUUACCGCUCACAAAGAAAGUACUUUACAGCUUGUUUUUGUAAGACUAAUGUAUCAGACACAAGUGGCUGAGAAUCUAUUGAUCUGGGUCAGGAGGUUGUAAAUUCAUCUAAUGUUAAAUGUUGUUAAGAUGAGUCAAGGAGGGGAAAAGGGGACCAACUCAGGAUCACUUGAGAUAAAUUGUUAGCUGUGUAAAAAAGUUUGCACUUCUCACAUGAUUGCAUGGGAUGUACAAAGCUCUACAAAAUUGGUGUUAAAUUUGCAUUCAUCAGAGGUUUGCUAUAGUAAUUUAGCCUGAUUUAUGAUGGGCUUUAUCCUUCCCAGCAUCACAAGGUUAAAGAAAACAGUUCUCUCUUACCUCAUGAUUUUCCUCCCUUGAUCAAUGAAGCUGUGGAAGUGUGAAUGUGGCCCAAUAAAGUUCAGCAUCUUU